GCUUUUUCCUCUUCCGCUCCGCUGCCUUCAUUGCUGUGCAGAUACCGCUGGGAACGAGGUUGCUGUCGACUCUCCGGGCCUCGGAGCCCCUCGCCUGCUUGCUACGAUGCAGAUAUGAUGGAAGAAUUGCAUAGCCUGGAUCCACGACGGCAGGAACUGUUAGAGGCCAGGUUUACUGGAGCAGGUGUUGCUAAGGGUCCUUUGAACAAUGAAUCUUCCAAUCAGAGUUUGUGCAGUGUGGGUUCCCUGAGUGACAAGGAACUGGAGACUCCUGAAAAAAAACAGAAUGAUCAGCGCAAUAGGAAAAGAAAAGGUGAACCAUUUGAAACCAGUCAAAGCAAAAUUACUCCCAGAGGGCAUAAAAUUAGUGACUACUUUGAGUUUGCUGGUGGAAGUGGUCCAGGAACAAGCCCUGGCAGAAGUGUGCCACCAGUAGCGCGAUCUUCACCACAACAUUCCUUAUCUAAUCCUUUACCUCGGCGAAUGGAGCAACCACUUUACGGAGUAGACAGCAGUGCAGCCAAGGAAGUGCCAGAGGAGCAUUCUGCUCUCCCAACUCUGGUAUCGACAAUGAUAGCAAAACAACGGCUAGAGGGCGAGCAGCUGGCGCAGAGGGGUACAAGCCUCUGUUUUCCAUUUGCUUCGACCCAGCAAGGUAGUCCCUCGUCUGCAGUUUCAGGAAACACAGAGCAUUCCUGCUGCUCUCAAAAACAGAUUUCCGUCCAAUACAAACACACACAGUCUGAUCUUACAAUGGAGAAAUUAUCUGCAUUAGAAAACAGUAAGAACUCUGAUCUGGAGAAAAAAGAAGGCAGAAUAGAUGAUUUGUUACGGGCAAAUUGUGACUUAAGACGACAGAUAGAUGAACAUCAGAAAAUGCUUGAGAAAUACAAAGAACGGUUAAAUAGGUGUGUAACAAUGAGCAAGAAGCUACUUGUAGAAAAGUCGAAACAGGAAAAGAUGGCUUGCCGAGAUAAGAGUAUGCAGGAUCGGUUGCGAUUAGGUCAUUUUGCUACAGUCCGGCAUGGGGCAUCUUACACAGAGCAAUGGACAGAUGGCUAUGCUUUCCAAAAUUUAAUCAAGCAGCAAGAAAGGAUAAAUUCCCAAAGGGAAGAAAUAGAAAGGCAACGGAAGUUGUUAGCAAAACGAAAACCACCUGGCAUGGGCCAGGCUCCUCCAGCUACCAAUGAACAAAAGCAGCGCAAAAACAAAACCAAUGGAGCAGAAAACGAGACGUUAACAUUAGCAGAAUAUCAUGAACAAGAGGAAAUAUUCAAACUCCGACUAGGCCAUCUUAAAAAGGAAGAAGCUGAGAUUCAAGCAGAAUUAGAGCGAUUAGAACGGGUUAGAAAUCUGCAUAUCAGGGAAUUGAAAAGGAUACAUAAUGAAGAUAAUUCACAGUUUAAAGACCAUCCAACACUAAAUGAUAGGUAUUUGUUGUUACAUCUCCUAGGCAGAGGAGGAUUUAGUGAAGUAUAUAAGGCAUUUGAUUUAACGGAACAGAGGUAUGUAGCAGUAAAAAUCCACCAAUUAAAUAAAAAUUGGAGGGAUGAAAAGAAAGAAAAUUAUCACAAGCAUGCAUGUAGAGAAUACAGAAUCCAUAAAGAACUGGAUCAUCCUCGUAUAGUUAAAUUGUAUGACUAUUUCUCAUUGGACACUGACUCGUUUUGUACAGUAUUAGAAUACUGUGAGGGGAACGAUCUGGAUUUCUACCUGAAACAGCACAAAUUAAUGACAGAGAAAGAAGCCCGAUCUAUAAUCAUGCAGAUUGUAAAUGCAUUAAAAUAUUUAAAUGAAAUCAAGCCGCCUAUUAUUCAUUACGAUCUCAAACCAGGAAACAUCCUCUUGGUAAAUGGUACUGCAUGUGGUGAAAUUAAAAUCACUGACUUCGGCCUCUCAAAAAUCAUGGACGAUGACAGUUACAAUUCAGUUGAUGGCAUGGAGCUGACAUCACAAGGCGCUGGUACAUACUGGUAUCUACCCCCUGAAUGUUUUGUGGUUGGAAAAGAGCCUCCGAAGAUUUCAAAUAAAGUUGAUGUUUGGUCAGUAGGAGUUAUCUUCUACCAAUGUCUUUAUGGCAGAAAGCCUUUUGGUCAUAACCAAUCUCAGCAAGAUAUUCUGCAGGAAAACACAAUCCUUAAAGCUACAGAAGUGCAAUUUCCUCCUAAGCCAGUGGUAACACCAGAAGCAAAGGCAUUUAUUAGGCGUUGCCUGGCAUAUAGGAAGGAAGAUCGGAUAGAUGUCCAACAAUUGGCAUGUGACCCAUACUUGCUUCCUCACAUCCGCAAGUCUGUAUCAAUAAGCAGCCCAGCUGGAGCUGCUGUCGCCUCAACUUCUGGAUCUUCUAAUAACAGCUCUUCAAACUGAGCAGGAACAAUAGGCCAAAAAUAUAGAUAUAACUGGAACUGCAGAAGGAAACGGAGAGAGUCAGACAUGUUUUGAGAUGCAGCCUUGGGACUGGCAAGAAGUCCACAAAAUGGCUCCAAGAAACCAGGAUCAGGUUCUUUG